CAUCAUUUGAUUUGGUUCUUGGUGCGAAUUAUUGUGCGAGAAGGCCCUUCGCUAAGUUUUAUUUAGUCUGAUGGCUUUCACGCCACAAACUUUCUGGGAUCUCGUUUAGGGUUUCUUUCGAUCUCGUUCUUUGGUGGCUUGGGGUUUCUUCGAUCUUUGCUUUGUUUGCGGAGGGAGUAGGGUUUUAGGUCUUUCGAUGGAGGGGCUCUCUGGUGAGGGCCGGAACUCGGAUCUUGAUAAGGGUUUUGUGGCGUUCGGCGGUGGGGAAGGAGAUGGCAUGCGAUUUGAUGCUAAGCAAUAUGCCUUUUUUGGUAAGGGUGUUAUGGAAGAGAUCGAGUUAGGUGGUUUGGAAGAUGACAAUGGUGUCGCUAGUGCUGCCUUGUCGGGUCUUGAAGAGGACUAUCCUUUCUCCGCUAUUGGAGAUCGAGAAGAGGGUGAAGUCUUGGAGUCUUUAUCCGAUAUUGAUGAUCUCACUAGUACUUUUGCCAAGUUAAAUAGAGCUGUGAGUGAUCCAAGGAAUGUCGGUGUGAUUGGUGAUCGCGGAUCUAUCUCGAGGGAAAGUUCCUCGACCGCAGACUGGACCAGGGAGUCAGACUUAAAUUGGUUAGACCUGCAAACUUUUGAUGCUGAAAAUGCGCAGGAGGGGAAAAGAUGGUGGUCACAGCCUUCUCCCUCUAAAAUGUGUUUUCAGGAUUCCAAACCUUUGUGCAGAACAUCUUCGUAUCCUCAACAGCAGCAACAGCAACAACACAGUUUGAGUGAGCCGGUUCUUGUUCCAAAAUCAAAUUUUACUUCAUACCCUCCACCUGGGGCAAGGUUACAGCUUUCCCCAAGCCAGUCCCGUCAAUCAAGCCUUCCGUCUCUUGCUAGUGGUCUCCAUAUGCCCUUUUCUUCACCAAAUCUCUCUGCUUUCUCUGGCACUCAGCAUCCUUUGGCAGGGCCACAUCCUGGAUUUAAUUAUGGUGGUAAUAUGGCUCAAUUUGGGCCUGGCUCUUCCAUUAACAGUCGACAGCAGAGCAAUUGGUUGAACCAACCCUGUCCAUUUCCAGGGGAGCAUUCCAACAUGUUACCUAACUUAUUACCUCAACAGUUUCCUCCAAACGGAUUGUUGCAUUCACAACUAUUGCUCCAGCAGCAACAGCACAGACUGCCACAACUUCAACCACCUCUAUCGCAUUUCUCACAAAUGCAGCACCAUUUGAUAGGUCCACAUCUCUCGCAGCCUCAGAUAAUGAACAAGUUUGAAGCAACACUAGGGAUAAAUGACACAAGAGACCAGAGAAUUAAACCUGCACACAGGGGAAGGCCGAACACACGCUAUCCUCCACAGGCUGCAGAUGCCAGCAACCUGAAAAAUGAUAGUGGUUGGCCUAAGUUCCGAUCCAAAUAUAUGUCAGCUGAUGAGAUUGAAAGCAUACAGAGAAUGCAGCAUGCGGCAACCCACAGCAAUGAUCCUUAUGUAGACGAUUACUACCAUCAAGCUUGUCUAGCAAAGAAAUCUGCUGGGUCAAGACUGAAGCACCAUUUUGCUCCUAGUUCUGUUAAGGAUUUGCAUUCACGAGCCCGUUCUAAUAAUGAACAGCAUCCAUAUCUUCAGGUUGAUGCUCUUGGGAGGAUCUCAUUCUCCUCCAUUCGACGUCCUCGUCCUCUCCUAGAAGUUGAUGCACAGUCUGCAUCUGGAGAUUUCAUUGACCAAAAAUCGUCUGUGAAGCCUCUAGAGCAGGAGCCGAUGCUGGCAGCUAGAAUUACAGUUGAGGAUGGACUUUGUCUUCUUCUUGAUGUUGAUGACAUUGAUCGGCUAUUACAGUUCAGCCCCUUGCAAGAUGGUGGCUCCCAACUUAAGCGGAAGCGACAGGUCCUACUUGAAGGACUUGCAGCAUCACUGCAGCUAGUUGACCCGCUAGGCCCAGCCAAAGCUGGUCACUCGGAUGGGCUCUCUCCCAAGGAUGACCUUGUGUUCCUUCGCUUAGUAUCUCUUCCUAAAGGUCGUAAACUUCUUUCACGCUAUCUUCAGCUACUCUUCCCUGGCAGUGAGCUUACGCGUAUUGUCUGCAUGGCCAUUUUUCGCCACCUGAGGUUCUUGUUUGGUGGGCUACCUAUGGAUUCUGAUGCAGCAGAAACAACAAUCAACCUUGCAAAGACUGUUUCUACAUGUGUGCGAGGUAUGGAUCUGAGUGCGCUUAGUGCCUGUCUUGCUGCUGUGGUCUGUUCAUCAGAACAACCACCACUUCGUCCUCUAGGAAGUUCUGCCGGUGAUGGAGCUUCCAUUAUCAUCAAAUCUGUCCUAGAGAGAGCUACAGAGCUCCUCAGUGAUGGCCAUGCUGCAAGCAACUAUGGCAUGCCUAAUCGAACUCUCUGGCAGGCUUCCUUUGAUGCUUUCUUUGGGCUUCUCACAAAGUACUGCCUUAGUAAAUAUGACAGUAUAAUGCAGUCUCUACUUAUGCAGGCACCAAAUACAGCAGUCUUUGGCCCAGAGGCAACUCGAGCUAUCAGCCGAGAAAUGCCGGUGGAGUUGUUACGUGCUAGCCUUCCUCACACAGAUGAGCGCCAGCGCAAGCAAUUACUUGAUUUUGCUCGGAGAUCUAUGCCUGUUACCGGUUUUAGUUCUCAUGGGGGUAGCAGUGGACCAAGGACUUCAGAGUCAGUGCCAAGCUAAAACUACAGCUAAAACUACCGCUGAAGUUGGUGGAAUGCGGGGUAUUUUUACUAGAGUCCGCCACCAUCUUGGUUGUUCACUCAAAUCAUUCACUGAAAGCAGCUUGUUGGAAAACGCAAUGUAUGCCUAGCAUCUCAAGGAGUCGGCUAACUAGUGGCCGAUGUUGUUAUGAUUACAUUAAGAGUUUGUUUCGUCUUCCCUUUUGAUGAACCUUGGUUAUGGUUACAUGUGUACUGUGGUAGGAAAUGGUGGGGUUUUGCAACAGGAAGUUGUCUUCCAAGGAGCUUAAUUUUGGUGCUCCAUAUUGAAACUUCAGGUGAUAUUAGGGAUAGAAACUGUACAGGUUCUAUUACUGGAAGCCUUGUCCCUAUGCUUUCAAGGAAAUUGUGGGGCACUGCAAGCAAGUUUGUUUUAAUGUACUUCUUGGUUGGUGCGGCGCUGCUCAGGGACCUGUGAUUACUUCAUAAACUUGUAAUCUGUAGGCUGGUUCUUUCUUGUCAUCCUAUUUUCUCCUUUAUUUACAUCUUUCGCUAUCUGAUGUCGUCGUCUCUCUGGUACUUGAUGUAGCAGUAAACUUUGAUUGCUUCUUCAGCAAAUCCUAAGCACAUUCUUAGCGUUAAGAAAAAUGUUGCAAUCCACUGCAUUAUGUAUCUGUGUUCUCUUCCUUUGACGGUAAUAUUACUGCUCAUAUCAUCAGA